AUGUACUGGUUUGCGAACAACUCAGGACUUUUAAAUGCCUGGCAAGAAGGCACCGAGCAUCCUGGACCGAAGAAGGCCACACACGAGCUCAGUACGGGUACUCUCAAAUCCUCGAAGCCCUUGGAGAGGUAG